AUUACGUUAGAUGCCUAGUAAUAAUAAAAUAAACUACAAUUAAAUGUAUUAAUUAAAUUCAAUGUAUUUACUGUAAUUACUUACCUGCACAAAUACGAGUAUCCGGAUCCCGUAGCACAAGUACCUCGGAUCACAAUCAUUUUCGCGCUGACAUUCUGCAGCGUUAUGCAGUUUAAUACGGUACACAGCUGUCUGCGGUACUUCCGGUUCCGGUUAGGGCGGAGCUAGUACGGUUGCGACUAGUUUUAACUUCACGCAGUUCGCGGGCACUGGGCAUUUUCGGACCAAUUUCGGUAGUACAGUAACAGUUGCAUUGACGAAGGGAAAAUUUUGCGUUGGAGCAGUUUUCAUAUAAUUUUUCAAACUGUUUGAAUAAUUUUUACACUCUUAUCGCAAGAAACUGAAAGUUUCGGGGAUCCGUUAUUAGUACUUCAUAGUGCUAUCAGUGAUUCAAAGAUUGAUUUCAGUGAUUCAGCUAUCACCUAUCAGUGAUUCAAAGAAUUCAUGACUUUCAUGUUGUUGUAAAAUGUUGGAGAAGUUUUACCCCUUGCUAGCACAGUCGACCCGAAGGUCCCGAACUCUGCUGAAAGCGUUGAGAGCAGGCCGACCAGCAAACAUUCAACAGUCUCUUGGUUUGUCUACCACUGCUACAGACGAUGAAGACCCAGACCGAAAGGCAUCCCCUCCCAUGUCUGUCACCUGCUGUCGCCUCAUCGAAGCUCUGCGGAACUCCAUCAGUUCUUCUCCAGUUUCAUUCGGUGUGUUUCCUCGUCCUAUCGAGGACUUCACUCUGUACUACGGUAGAGGCACUAAUGCCAGACAGCUCUCCCUGCACAAUGCCAGCACGGACGAACUGGAGCAUCUGUCCCGUGCCUGUGAUCCAGCCAAGUUUGGACGGAAUACAGAGGCUGUUCUGGACGAAUCCUACCGUAGGGCUGGUAAACUGGACGUCGACGUGUUCGCCACGAAGUUCGACGCGGAACGGUCGGGUUUGUUGGGACGGAUAAAAAGCGAUCUGCUGUCGGGAGAGGAGCAUAACAGACAUGUCGAAGCGGAAUUGUACAAGCUCAAUGUCUACGGAAAAGACGGCUUCUUCAAACCGCACAAGGACACACCGCGGGGCGUCAACAUGUUCGCCUCCUUGGUUGUCGUCUUCCCCACCCCCCACGAGGGCGGUGCUCUAGUCCUGCGUUCGGGCGAUAAGGAAUGGACGUUCGAUUCGGCCAAGGAACUGGCCGCCCUCCGUUCACCGUCCAUCGCGUACAUGGCCUUCUACAGCGACGUGGAGCACGAGAUUCUGCCGGUGCAGAGCGGCCACCGCGUUACGCUGACGUACAAUCUCUACUUCGCCCAACCGACCUUCCCCGAGUUUAGCAUCCCAGUCAACCAGGCCUCCUUCGAGAAAGAGCAGACGUUCAAAGCCAAUUUGGCGAAGUUGCUGGAUGAGCCGGAUUUCUUACCGAAAGGCGGACUGAUUGGUUUUGGUCUGCAGUAUCAGUAUCCGAUUGCCGUUGAUCUUAAAAAACCGUUUGGAUCCACGAUGGAGUAUCUGAAGGGCAGCGAUGCCAUGAUUCGCCGCGUGUGCAAGGAACUGUCGCUGCCCAUCCAGCUGAAGGUGUACACUCAGGACGACCGGGAAAACGUCGCCGUUUUAACGGAUCAUGUUAUUCAGUUUAAAGAGUCCAGUUGGGUCGAUGGAUAUGUUUUUCAAGAAUUAGCCCGUGAAAAGGGUGCGAUUGUUCUUCUUAAUGAGGACAAGGGCGAUAGUGAUGGUGAAGACAGGGAUGAUUGUGAUGAUGAGGAUUGGAGCCCGGACCUUGAGGGCAUGGGAGGUGUGAGCAUCCAGUGGAUUACGGAAAUGGCACAACGAAACAUCACUAGGACCGCGUUUGUUUUUCACGGAAAUCAACCAGAGUUAGAUUACUGCUAUGGCACCAUGUGCCUCAUUGCGGAAGUUGGUCCUGCUGGAGACCGAAAGACCCUUCGUGUCCGGCCAACUAAAAGCCGCGAUCGCAAGUGAACCGUAUGAAGAAUGCAUGUUUGUUUUCUCUUUCGAACAGCAUGCAUUAGUAAAUGUGUGCCGCAGCAGUUUGUAUCAUACUUGGGACUACACAUGCAGCAGGCGGUACACUGGGCUGGUGUCCCUGGAAUUUUUUUGAAUAUGGCACAUUUUGGGGUAUCUACUAUCCUGUACAGCUUUUUGGUACUUACUUAUAUCACCGGGAAAUGAUGCCAUGCUGUUUGGUGCUAUAGAUGCCGAUACACACGUAUCCUUUAUGCCGAAAAGUAUUAGAUUAACUACUGUAGUUUUGGCUUUUAGUCGGAGCGCCGAAUUUCUCAGUACCACAUACAACUAAACCGAAAGAAGUCCAUCCAGUGCACGCUUCAGCACACAAUGCCACCCGGCAAAACGUAUGCAAAAUGUGCUGCUUAAAUGCGGCGAAACCGAGUUACACGAACUUAUUUCCGUUUUAACGAAAUACGAUUGCUUUUAACUAGUUUCUAACUCACAUACUGCGCAGUUUUACAAGUUUUUCUAGUAGACCACUGUUCUCUUUGAUUCGAUGCUGUGUAGAGGCUAUUUCUUCCCCGACAGCAAACAAAGCCUCUUCUUGAAACGCCAG